AUGGAUAUCGACGACAUUCUCGCCUCGGUCGACCACGGACCAGGCGCCAGCCGCGAGUCCGCAGCGCUAGACCACCAGCUCCUCACGCGCUUCUGGGUUUCCGAACGCGCCGUGACAGAGGUCCUACCAUGGCCGGCCCCGCUGAUGGAGCGGAUAAUGGACCGCGUACGGAAGCAGAUCGAAACAAUUGAAGACCUAGCCGCAUCAUCCGACAUCCUCACAACCGACAACCCGAACCUAAACCUCCGCCUCUCAAUUCUCCAAACCGACCUCGCCCGCACCCAAUACAUAGUCCGCAGUCUGUUACGGGCCCGUCUAGCCAAAAUAACAAAAUACAGCAUGCACUACCUCGUCCACCUGGCCUCACGGAACAAAAACCCCUCAGAAACCCAAUCCACCGCCUCCCAGAACCCCAACCAACAGCCCGCAGACUCCGUACCAGAUAUCUCGUCAUUGACGGAUCUGUCGCCGCUUUCUGAGUCCGAGGCGUCGUUUUUACAUGCACACCAGACAUUGCUGGCGGGACACUACGCUAGUUCGUUUAUGGGUGCGUUUCCGCGGCAGUUGAGACGGUUGGAUGAUAAUGCGGGUGGGACGAGUAUGAUCCAGGGACCGGAUUUGAAGGAGGUUGUGUUCGUUCGGUGUCUUGGGGCGGAGGUUCCCGUUGUCGUUGGUGGGGAGGAUGAGGAGGACGGGGAUGAGACGGGGGUUAUGAUGAGGAUGGGGGAUGUUUGGGUUGUUCGGUGGGAGGGGGUUAAGGCGGCUUGGGGGAAGGGGGAGGUGGAAUUAUUGUGA